AUGAUCGAGUGCUCUCCGCAUAUGCAAAAACUUCUAACGGAGAACAAUGAGUGCCCUCUGCAUAUGCAAGAACCUCUAACGGUGUACAACGAGUGCCCUCCGCAUAUGCAAAUACUUCUAACGGAGAACAAUGAGUGCCCUCCGCAUAUGCAAGAACCUUCAACGGAGUACAACGAGUGCUCUCCUCAUAUGCAAAUACUUCCAACGGAGAACAAUGAGUGCCCUCCGCAUAUGCAAGAACCUUCAACGGAGAACAACGAGUGCCCUCCGCAUAUGCAAAUACUUCUAACGGAAAACAAUGAGUGCCCUCCGCAUAUGCAAAUACUUCUAACGGAGAACAAUGAGUGCCCUCCGCAUAUGCAAGAACCUCUAACGGAGUACAACGAGUGCCCUCCUCAUAUACAAAUACUUCUAACAGAGAACAAUGAGUGCCGUCCGCAUAUGCAAGAACCUCUAACAGAGUUCAACGAGUGCCCUCCGCAUAUGCAAAUACUUCUAACGGAGAACAAUGAGUGCCCUCCCCAUAUGCAAGAACCUUUAACGGAGUACAACGAGUGCCCUCCGCAUAUGCAAAUACUUCUAACAGAGAACAAUGAGUGUCUUCCGUAUAUGCAAGUACCUCUAACGGAGUACAACGAGUGCCCUCCGCAUAUGCAAAUACUUCUAACGGAAAACAAUGAGUGCCCUCCACAUAUAAAAGAACCUUCAACGGAGUACAACGAGUGCCCUCCGCAUAUGCAAAUACUUCUAACGGAAAACAAUGAGUGCCCUCCGCAUAUGCAAGAACCUCUAACGGAGUACAACGAGUGCCCUCCGCAUAUGCAAAUACUUCUUACGGAGAACAAUGAGUGCCCUCCGCAUAUGCAAAUACUUCUAACAGAGAACAAUGAGUGCCCUCCGCAUAUGCAAUAA